CACGACUACCAAGGAGGGUUUUUAUCUAGUCUUAAGCUGCUAAAGCUUUCCUGUAGAUCAAUUUUCCUCCAGUAGAACUGGCAAAAAUGAAUUCAGAAAUUAUUUUGUCUCGGCCAUAUUAUGACACCAGAGCUGCUGCUCAGGGAGUCCAGGAAAAAAUUUCUCCUCUGGAGUCAAACAACUUGCAGCUUUCCUCAGACUUAGCCACUGUUGGUUACCAAAUCAUCCUUGAACAAGCCGGUACCAACUGCCACAAAUCCCAGAAUAUUCAGCAGGAGUCCAGGACUUUAUGCCAGGAAACUACGGCUGAUGCUUUCAAGACCCAGGCUGAAAGAACACGUCUUCUUGGAGAAAGACUCCAAGAGAUCCACUACUGGAAGUCUGAGCUGCAGCGGCACAUCGAGAACCUGCAGGCCAACACAGAUUCACUGCUUAUCCUAAAGAGGCGGCUGGAGAGGGCACUGGAUGCUACUGAGGUUCCUUAUGCCAUCGUCACUGAUAAUUUGACCUGCAGAGCAAGAAGACUUGGAGCAGCCUUGGUCAGAGACACAGUGGAAGAUGAACUGCUCAAGGAGGUGGAAUUGAUCAAGAGCAUUCAGGCUCUUCUGAAGAAAACUGCAGCUCAGGUUGUUGCUCAGAUCAAGAGGAACAGAUCCGCACAGCAAACACUGGAGAUGGAUUGGUCUGAUAAAUAUCAGGCCUAUAACUUUGACGACACCAGUGGAAGACAUAGUAACAUGAGUCCAGAUACACAGAAUCACCAAAGCUCAGCCACCAUGCAGAAGCAGGUGUCUAACCCCUCAUCAUGGACAAAGUUUACUCAAGACAACCUGUCUCAGGCCUUGCAGGAGGAACAGGCCACCAACAGUCUAAGAAUGCUUGUGGAGCAAAUGCUGCAGGACACCACUGAGGAUCUGAGCGUUCAAUGCUCCAAUGUGGAUCGAGCCUUUAGCCUGCACUGCGAUGAACUAAUUGAGGCCAAGACCCAGCUGGAGAUGAAGCUAACUCAGAUAUUGGCGCAGAUUGGGGGUCAGGAGAGGAACAUUGAAGCUCUCCAGCAGGCCAUCCACAACAAAGAGGCACCACUGAGAGUGGUUCAGUCCAGACUUUAUCUGCGCUCUCUCAGACCAGCCAUGGAACUCUGCAGGGAUCAAGCCCAGCUCAGUUUGGAAGGAGAAGUGAGGCUGAUUGAUGCUACCUUGGAGUCUCUGAAGAAGAAACUGAGUGAAGCCAGAGGUUCUCUCUCCCAUCUGGAAGAGUCAAGGAUGGCUCUUCAAAAGGACAUCAACUGUAAAAUAAAUUUGCUGUUUAUUGAUAGGGAAAAGUGCAUGACUCACCGUAAACGAUACCCAUCUAUCUCAGCACUAUCAGGAUACUGAACAUAACUGCUAUUACUUGCAGAUCGUUCCUCCACUUUGCUACAUGUUGUUAUCAUGGUAGUGAAGUACAAAAUACAGUCUUCCAGAAGAGAUGUUUUUCUUUACAUGAAUUAUUAACCUUUAUCUUCUUUCUAAGUCAGGAUUUAUAUUUAAUCACUGGCCAAAGCAGAACAGAAAGUCUACCUUAUAGCAUCAUCCAGUACAUUUUGCAUCGCGCAGUUAUUUAAACUUUAAUGACAAACAGCCUUAAUUACCAAUUUUUUUUUAAAGUAGCCAGAGAAGAAAUUAUUUUAGGUAUUUUGUUAUGAAAAAGUUUACCUUACGCAGUAGAGGCUUUUGCAAGUCACUUUAUUGACAUUAGUUAGCAGCGAGGUAUCUUGCUAACGUGUAGCUUAGGUGAAAAUUAAAUCUGGAAGACUUUUCUCUGCCUCACCUGAACAAACCGGCUGAUAUCCUUCAAUCAAGCUUCAGCCAAUCAACUUGAUGCUGCACCUCCUCUGAGACCAAUCAUCUUUCUAGAUCUCCUUUAUUUACCUUCAGGCCAAGACUCCCUCUUCCCACCUCUGUCACUCUCAGGCUGUUCUCAGUCCCACUUAUCCUCUGGCUGAUCCACUACCAGUGUCCAAGCCCUGUGGGGGAAGACUAUUCUAAUCUUUUUCCUAGGUCCUCAUUCAAGCAAAUGUCAGUGCAGAACAACAAAGUCUUCUCCUGGGACCAGAGCAUCUAAAGGAUUUAUUUCAUUCAUAUAAUUAAAAAUGUUGUAAGAUGUGAAAUAUAAAAAAUAAAAAUAUUAAAAUGUAAAAA